GCGGCAGCCACAAUGGGCGCAGCGGCAAUACGGAGCAACCUUCGAAAGGAACCGCACGUACACCCGGACAGUUAUACAGUUAUAUAGAAUAAUACUUGUACCUUUUAUAAUUUUACACACAGCAAUAUGAAGAGUUUAAUAAUAAUUGUCGGCUUUGCCUGCGGAUUGGUUUCAGCGCAAGAAUACGAGUGUCCCGACAAAACCGGCUUCUUCCCGGAUCCAUACCAAUGUGACCUUUAUUACAAGUGCUCGAAAGGCCAGGCGGAACCGAAGCUGUGCCCCGAUGGGCUCGUGUUCGUUGACGAGAACCCCAACAAGGAGAAGUGUGACAUCCCUUCUAACGUGGACUGCGGCGACAGGAAAGAAUUACAAGAGCCAAAGCCUUCCAAAGGCUGCCCAAGACAAAACGGUUAUUUCAGACAUCCUGACCCACAGGCUUGCGACAAAUUCUACUACUGCUCCGACGGCGUACCCAACGAACUGCCCUGCCCACCUGGCCUGUACUUCGACGAUGUGACUUCCAACUGCGACUGGAAAGAUGUCGUCAACCGCCACUGUGACCAGAUCACCAAAGACGUUCUGGACGAUGGUUUCACAUGCCCCGACGGUGAAGUAAUGGGGCCCAACGGUCGUGCCCUGCCACACCCCACCUUCCCUCACCCCGAGGACUGCCAAAAGUUCUACAUCUGCCGCAACGGUGUGCAGCCCCAGAAGGGAAGCUGUCCCUCAGGCAAGGUCUACAACGAAGACACGUUUAUGUGCGACGAGCCCGAGAAAGUACAAGGAUGUGAAAACUACUAUGAGGGCCAGCCGCUUGAGAAGAACAAAUUCCCGAAGAAAGCGUGAAGUGCAUAAAUUAUUAUAAGUCAAUGUAAUGUAAGAUUAUCGUAUUUUGUAAUUUAAUAAAUAAUAACAAUUG